ACUUCCUGUCUGAACACACAAACACACCGGUCAGGCGGCGGAAUGUUGGACUAGCCACACGACCGCUGGCACAACCGACGGCUAACGUACGAGCUCAAGCAGCCAGCCUCUCCUUGGUCCAACCCGAUCGCCAAUUAGUCCCCGGUAGCGCGCGUCCCCUCCCUCCUUCUCCCCGGCCGCGUUCAGUUCCUCGCCCCCGGUUUAGGGUGUCUCAAUGGCGGAGCCCGCGGAACCAGCCCCGGGGAGCGUGGAGGAGGAGAAGACGGACCGUAUUAACGACGCAGAGCUGGCUCUGGAAGGAAUCAAUAUGCUCCUCAACAACGGCUUCAGGGAGAGCGACGAGCUCUUCAGAACAUACAGGAACCACAGUCCGUUGAUGAGUUUCGGGGCCAGUUUUGUGAGUUUUCUGAAUGCCAUGAUGACAUUUGAAGAGGAGAAGAUGCAGAUGGCCUUUGAGGACCUGAAAGCUACAGAGAGACUGUGUGAGAGCGAAAACGCCGGUGUGAUUAAAACCAUUAAAAACAAGAUCAAGAGGAGUGGGGACUCUCAGAGGUCUGGGCUGACUGCAAUGGACCGACUCCAGAGGCAGAUCAUCAUUGCAGACUGCCAGGUUUACCUUGCAGUGCUGUCUUUCAUCAAACAAGAGCUUUCAGCAUACAUCAAAGGAGGCUGGAUCCUCCGUAAAGCCUGGAAGAUGUACAACAAAUGUUACAGUGACAUCACCCACCUGCAGGAGAGCAGCAGCAGCAGCAGAAGAAGGGCCUCGGACCAACAAGCGAUGCCAUCUCCAUCUCUGUCAUCCUCCUCUGGGCUGUCGCACCACAGCCGCUCGUCUUCACCCAGGCCGAGCCCAUCCCAGAGACCUGACGGCAUCAGCCCAGAGGCUCUGGAUAGGCUAAAAGGCUCCGUCAGCUUCGGCUACGGCCUCUUCCACCUCUGUAUCUCCAUGGUGCCGCCGCACCUGCUGAAGAUCGUAAACCUCCUGGGCUUCCCAGGCGACCGUCUUCAGGGCCUGUCAGCACUCACAUACGCCAGUGAAAGCAAGGACAUGAAGGCCCCCUUAGCUACCUUGGCCCUCUUGUGGUACCACACAGUAGUGCAGCCCUUCUUUGCUCUGGAUGGCACAGACACACAAGCGGGCCUAACAGAAGCCAAGUCCAUUCUCCGACAAAGGGAGGCUAUCUACCCAAACUCCUCCCUCUUCAUGUUCUUCAAAGGCAGAGUCCAACGCCUUGAGUGCCAGAUCAGUAGUGCCUUGACGUCCUUCAGUGAUGCCUUAGAUCUGGCCUCUGACCAGAGGGAGAUUCAGCACGUGUGUUUAUAUGAAAUAGGUUGGUGCAGCAUGAUCGAACUGAACUACAGAGAAGCCUAUAGGGCCUUUGAGCGACUGAAGACUGAGUCUCGCUGGUCCCAGUGCUACUAUGCAUACUUAACUGGAGUUUGCCAAGGAGCCACAGGUGAUCUGGCAGGAGCUGUCGCCGUUUUCAAGGAUGUUCAAAGACUUUUCAAGCGCAAGAAUAAUCAGAUAGAGCUGUUCUCCACGAAGAGGGCUGAGAAGCUAAGGAGCCCCAGUCUGUCCAAAGAACUCUGCACCCUUUCUUUGAUUGAGAUACUUUAUCUGUGGAAAGCUCUGCCCAACUGCUCUGCUGCCAAGCUGCAGACAAUGACACAAGUCCUGCAGGGCAUUGAUGAUGCCUCAUGUACAGGCCUGAAAAACCUGCUUCUUGGUGCCAUAAACAAUUGUCUUCAUAAUACCAAAGAUGCUAUUCAGUAUUUCCAUCUGGCUGUGAGGGAUGAGGUUGGCCGUCUGACCAACUCUUAUGUUCAGCCCUACUCCUGCUAUGAACUGGGCUGUGUGCUGCUGAACACCCCAGAGUCUGCGGGGAAAGGCCGCAUGCUAUUGCUUCAGGCCAAGGAGGACUAUGCUGGCUAUGACUUUGAGAACAGGCUCCACGUUCGCAUUCAUUCAGCUCUCGCCUCUAUGCGGGCUGCAGCCCAGCCUUGACCAAGUUUUACCUGCAACUCAGAAAGAACUGGAAGAAACUGUAUUUGAUAAAGCCACUAUACCAUGCUGGGCAAUUACAUUCCACUGUUUUAUUUGUUUUAAUCAAUUUUAUUUUCAUUUUAUGAGCCAAUACAUUAUUUUAAAAUGUGUGCAAUAUAUACAGGAGGUGUUUUACGGAAGAACAGUUAUAAGAGGUGUUUUACUGGGCUGUUACUGUACUGCACAAUAUAAUAAAUUGGGUUUUUUAUUGUUUACAUUGUUUUCAAAACUAGAUGCCAGUUCAAUUAGAUGAAAAAGCUCUGAAUUAAUUUUGAGAGCCGUCAGUCAUAUUGCUUCCACAGAGGGUCAAUUAUCCCUCUCAUCUGGGGAAAAGUCAGGUCAAUAGCACAUCAAGUAUUAACUGACAAAGCAUAUAAAAUGAAUGACUACUCAGCCUAUGACUUUGAGAAGCUGAUAUUCUAACCAUUUCAGUGUUGGUUGUUGACUUUGACACAUGUGCUGUAAAGGCUUUACUACUCCACAGGCAUGACUACUAAACAGUUUGGGUUUUUUUGUUUUUUUAAGCAUAGCCCCCUUUUUAAGCAGAAUUAUUCUUAUCAGUAUAAAUAUGUCUUGCACACAAGUUUUAAUAGUGUGCCAGCAUCAUGUUGUGCCACUUUUGAGUGGCCUAGAUGAACAGUGGUACUAUUUGCUGUAAACUGGUUCUAAUUUAUAUUUGUUUGCUUUCAGAUAAUAAAAUGAAUAUUGUCAAAUAGAA